GAUUAGAUUUAUUUAAAACCAGUAAGAAUGGAAAUGAUAUAAUCAACGCAGUAGACGCUUUAUAUAGAGCUUCGGAUAUUUUGUCUUUGUAUAUAGACGUUCUUCCAAAACUGAAAAGUGAAUCCUCUUGCAUCCAGGUGUUGUAAGAAAUUAUGAAUAAUAUGAAUGGUUGCACUCGGGAGAAGACUUUGCUCGUUUAUAUGAAAAGGCAAAGGAGUACAAAAAAGCAUACCUGCUUUACUCGAAAUGUGAGCCUAAAACUGCAGCUGUUUAUCAAAGGAUGGUUGUAAAUUUAAAAGCUGCUGGAGAUUAUGAAAAUGCCAUUGGUAUAUUAAAUAAACUCAUUAUAGAUAAAGACCUAAAAAAAAAACCACCUAGGCAAUUCAUAUUUCAGAUGUACACUGAUGCAGCAGUACAUUCGAUAGAAAAAAGAAAUUUUGAGGAAACAAAGAUGAGGCUCUUACAAUGCCGGAAAUGCAUUCCAACCUGGGAGAAACAUAUUGACAACUGCAUUGAUGAAGAUAAAGAACUAGAUUUUUACAUUCUGCACAUAUGUGAAGAAAGAUGUCCGCUUGCAAGGAACCUUAUUCGUAUACUGAGACAGUCUAUUUUCGUAAAAUGGAACGUAACAUUGAAUGCGGAUGAUUGUAUACCAGGACGUCGGAUUCCAAAACAUUAUAAAGACACAAUCAAAAGAGCAAAAUUCAUAUUACUCUUUUAUCAUGAAAGACCUUUAAAUUGUGAUAGUAUUAAUGGCAAAUUUCUUGAAAUGGCACUGGAAGAUCUUAGCAUCGAUUCAGAAAAGAAUGUACUUAACGUGAUAUUAGGUGAUGCAGAACAUCCUUGGCGACACCCAACUGUCGUACUCCUGAAUGAUUUUGCCACUGUAGAAGAAGAUGGCAAGGAAGACGCGGAGAUGCAUGUUUUACAGGGUCGUCUGACACUGGAUGUUCUGAGGAAAACAUUUGAACUUCAUGAAAUGAAAGAUGCUUCCCAAAAGAACGCUUUUUCUUGAAGUGUGGACUUCCGGAAAUGAGUGGUAAUAAAACAUUUGACAUAAAGCAGUUACUAUGCUGGUUUUUGAGGCAGACACAAACAAUUUGGCAAUAUGUGCCAUUGUGACAGUUGCAAUGCAGUUUUCAUUUUUCUUGGUGGCUUGUACAUGCAAGUUUGAUAAGGUCACUGACUUUGCUGGAGGCACUAAUUUUGUAGUCCUGGGAAUACUGACAUUUUUCCUUGCUGAGACAUACCAGUGGAGACAGAUCAUGGUGACUGUUUUUAUUGUUAUAUGGGGCCUUCGUCUGUCUGGAUAUCUACUGUACAGAAUUAUCAAGAUUGGUGAAGACAAUCGGUUUGACGAUAAGAGAGAAAACUGUCUUAAAUUUGCUGGAUUCUGGACCUUCCAGGCAUUUUGGGUGUUUACAGUCAGUCUGCCUGUAAUAUUUAUCAAUGCCCCAGACAGUGCUACAUUUCUGACUCCUAAUGAUGACUGGACACCACAGGACAUCAUCGGUGCAAUCCUCUUUGUCACAGGAUUAGUGAUCGAAACUUUUGCUGAUUUCCAGAAGUUCGGCUUCAGGAAUGAUCGAGCUAACAAAGGGAAAUGGUGUGAUAAAGGUGUGUGGAAAGUGUCCCGUCACCCUAAUUAUUUUGGUGAAAUCAUUAUCUGGAUAGGGAUGUUUAUCAUUAGUACCAGUAUCUGUGUGGAUGGGAAGUGGGCUGGAGUUCUCAGUCCACUGUUUACAAUGGCUAUCCUACUCUUCCUUAGUGGCAUCCCACUACUGGAGAAAAAGUCAGAUGAGAGAUAUAGAAAGAAUAAAGCAUACUUAGAAUACAAGAAAAGGACUAGUCCCCUGAUCCCUGUACCCCCUCCCUGCUAUGGUUGUCUCCCAGGGGCCUUUAAGUGUCUGUGUUGUUGUGAGUUCCCUCUUUAUAAUUAUUUGGACCCAGAAGACGAAAAGGUCAGCAUUAAGCCUGGAAGUGAUAAAUCUAACCAAGAAAGUGAAAAAAUUUAAAUUUACCAGGUAUUAUUGAAACAAAAGUAGCAAAAUUGUGUAUGCGACAGAACAACUUUUUUUCAGUUGAAAUAAAGGUUUUGAGGCUGAGAGGAGAGUUGAAAGUGAAAAAAAAUCUACCUCUGGUGUAUGCAGUGCUACCUUAAAUUUGCCAUACAUUGUCUCAUUGUUGUCUUAUGCCUCAUUAUAUGUAUUGUUUUGUUAGAGGUACAGAUAGAUUAUUAUACACUGAUGGUGCUAUGAAAUAUAAGAAAUACAAUGUACUGUCUAAUUGAAGUCAUACUAUUUUUUUUCUUUUACUUAGAUCUUUAUUGCAUGUAAAACAUACAGUUAAUUACUUAUAACUUGGACAUUUGUAAGCAACAGUACCAUAUUUGCUUGUUAAAAUUUAGAGAUUUAAAUGCUGCAAAAUAAAUAUAUAUGUCAUAUAUAUA